AGGUUUAACUCCCAUUUUCAGUUCAUCAUCAUUCUCUGAUACCAGAUAUGAACUUGAGAAGAUGAGUAUUGAUUGGGAUUGGUUUGGAACCUGGUGGGAUUUAUCUUAUCUCUACUCAGCAUACCUUUUAUUUAUCACAGGGUUGUGUUGGCUGGUUCUAUUAGACCGGAGCAGGAUCUCAGGAUAUAUUUAUCAUGGAGCAGAACCUGCUAAUCAAUCUAAUCAAGUAGAUCAUGUAGAUCAGGACGUGAAUGAGAAUAAAGGUUCGGAUGAAGAGUUUGAAGUUUUCAUUAUUAUCAUUUUAUCUCUUCUUGGUCUUCUUUCUCAUCUUCUCAUCUCAAGGAUACUCAAUGGUAACUCUACCUCUACCCGGCUCAAGAAUAUCCAUGGAUACGUUACAGAUAUAUCCAGGGUGUGUGAGAUGGAUGGACAUUUAGUUUUCUGUCACGCAUCUCAGAGAUCUCGUCCAUCAUCCCUUCUCUUCAUUCUCCUCUUCAUUUAUCAGAUUGAAAGAAUAGUUAUAGUUCUUAGCCUGGCUGGAAUGGUUUUCGCAAAAUCAACAGGUUCUCAUUCUACAUCCUGUCUAGAUCUUCUUUCCAGGACGGUUUGCUUAUCCCUAGUGGUUCUCCAGGUUCUCUGUUCUAUUACCGGAGCAUUUUGGUUCUUCUGGCAGAGAAAUCUUCAGUUUAAUAGAUUAAUGACAAGAUACUCCUCCUAUCUAGGCCAGGUUGAUGUAGCUAGGGGAAGAUCUAUUCCAACUCCUCCGAACCAUAAACGGGUUCAUCCACUCCUGCCUCCGAAGAAUCCCUACGCGGCAUCCAGAGAUAACGCGCUCCUCUUCGAUCUUCUGGCGACAUUACACGGUCCUGGCUCAGGUCUUCGAGUCCUAUCCGUUCUUGAGCCGGAUAUAUCGGAGAGCUGGGAGGUUACUGGGCUUACGCUAGAGUUUGAAAGAGGUUCACUUAUAGUAUUUUGGAAGGAUCCAGUUGUACUAGGAUACAUGCCACCAGCAAGCUUGUGUAUGAGCUACGGGGUGGAGUUGGAUAUUCCAGGAAUAAGCACUUACACGGCAGUUCUAACCCAGGAGGAGAUCAUCUAUAUGAAACAGACCUGGAGUAGAGAAAACCCGGAGAAACUCCAUCUAAACAGUCCACAGGAUUUGGUUUAUCAUCAUGAGUUUAGUGAGCAAACCCUCGAAAUCCUGGUUGGAUUCAAUGCCAGAGUUCGGGUGUGGACAGUAGUUCAUGGACAACUUAUCUCAGCUUCAACAUCAACCGUGACAAAUCUUCUCAUGGCUAAACCUGAACCAGAGGAUACAACUCAACCACAACCAGUCCCGGAUACCCUGAAUCUAGGAGCUGAGAUUGAUGAAUCCAAUGAAGAACCCAAGGAGAGAGGUCUUGAUGGAUCUAGCCCUGGAUCUCUGGGACAAGAUCAGGUUCGGGUUGAAACGGUUACGACUAGGAUAUAUUCUAAGAAAAGUUCUUCUGAAUCUAAUCUACUGGUGGAGAGGGGGCAAGGACGGUUUAACCGGAAAUCUGGGACCAGGCAGAGUAUGCCACAGGGACAUACUAACUACGGAUUACUGGUUUCAGACGAAGAUGAAUCAAAUCUAGAAAUUUGAAUAAAAAUUUACAAAUUCA